CCCUCGUGCCCGUCUCGUGCGUUGUGCCUCUGAAUCCGUGUCAGUGACGGAUUAAUCACGCGUGUCCACUGCCAUCCAUCUCUCACCCGAAGAAGGCGUGUCACUCCCCCGGCAAUCACAUCAGCGUCUCUUUGUCCCCGUCGCCGUCUGUCGGUACCGGGCUGUGCUGCUGGAGUCAUGGCGGCGGCGCCCGCGAAUCCGCGCACCGGGAGCCCGAGAGCGCAGCUGCCGCCGUGCUAUUACGAGGGAUAUCUGGAGAAAAGAGGACCGAAGGAGAAGGUAGCUCGCCGUUUGUGGACCUGCUUAUGUGGCAAUGCGUUAUACUUCUACAACAAUGCUAAAGACCCACAAUAUGUAGAGAAGUUGGAUCUGAGUGGAUUUGUGUCUCUGAUUGACGACCCAAGCCGUGACAGAAACCUAGAAGCAGCGCGACUGAACCUGCGAAUGAAGGAUGGAGAAAUCAAACUUACUGCUCCCAAUCUAGAAGCCCGUGAGAUGUGGAAAGGGUUCCUCUACUCUGUAGUAGAUCUGGCCGUGCCCACCACCCUCACCCUCCUGCCCGGGCAGCUUCACAUGCUGAAGGAGGUCGUGGAGAAGGAAAAACUGCGACGGAGGUCCCGCGCUGGAUCCCGAGCUCCCUCGUCCCCCCUCUCGCUGCCGCUGGUGGGGGAAAUACCUGCGUGUUUCAGACCUGUGUCUCGUACCGAAGCUGAGGUGUUGUUGGAAAGACAUCCAGACUCUGGAAACAUGCUUCUCCGACCAGGAAGAGAUGGGACUUCACUCGCCGUCACCACACGACAAGACCUGAACGGGUCUGUGUUCAGACACUACAGAGUGACACAGAAGCAGCAGGGUGGUUACAUUAUCGAUGUGGAAAACCCAAUCCCCUGUCCCACCCUUCAUGAUGUCAUCAACGCUCUCGUGGAGAAAACCGCCGGCACUCUUCAGCCCUUUAUAUUAGAGGAGCCGUAUGAAGAAAACAUCACGUUUGUGUCAUCCAACGAUGAAAAUGGCGAGAGAACGCUUCACUGCGCUCCCACAGGACCCGUCUCCAGAGCUCCUGCCCUGCCUCCUAAACAAGUAGGUACAGACAGAUGGACCCUACGAUCGCAGACGAGGUCUCCCAGUUCCUCCCCUCGAUCAUUUUCCCCAACCGGUUCCCCAUCCAACUCCAUGAGAAGGCUGGUUCUGUCUCCCUCACCUCUUUCACAGAGCCUCACGGAAGAGCUCAAACAGAAGCUGGAGAAAAGACGGACCAGUCAAGAGUGAUUUCCUACUGAUGACUCCGCCCACCCGUCACGCCCACCAUCUGUCGUCUUAUUCUGCCAGUGCCUUCCAAUAAUGACUUCCGACCCGUCACACAGACUCAGCAAUCCUCCCUUUGUGUGACUAUAUAUACUGCCGCUUCAUUUGAUCCUAUAAACAGCACAAACACCAGAGAGCCGAAGUCCCUCAACUAUCCUGCCUCAUGUCACUUCAACAUGAAAGAUGAUCCUGAGAGAUUCUGGAAACUGAAAUUCUGAUCCAGUAUUCUCCCUUUUCAUUAAUAUAACUCAGAUUUAUCCCUCAAAUCAAGAGGACAUUCGCACAUUUAAUAAAGAAGCACAUUGAACAGGUCUCUCAAUAAAGGACGUGAUCGUAUUGCUGAUUUCAAUCAAGUGUUAACUGUGAAAUUAAAGUUUAGUGCUCUGAGUGUCUUAGUCCCUACUGAAAAGACCAGCCUAAACUGCUUGGUUUUAGCUGGUAGAUAUCAGGUUGUUUGUAGAGAGGUUUUGGACACUUUUUAGCUGGUCAGGCUGGGAGACCAGCUCACCCAUCAGCUAAAACCAGCUGACCCACCAGAUAACCAGGGUGAAAGACCAUCUUAAACCAGUUACUUCCAUCUUAUACCAGCUAAGCUGGUUUAAACUUGUGGGUCAGCUGGUCUUCCAGCCUGACUAGCGUAGACCAGCUAAAAAGUGUCCAAACCCCCUCUUAAACCAGCCAGCUACACCAGCUAGAAACUGAUAUAUUUUGAAAUUAAGUAAUGCAUUUGGACAGUUGCAUUAGAAACACUGAAGUCUAUGCGGUUUGAUCUUGUAAAGCUGUUAUUAUUUAAAUAUAACCGAGACAGUUCAGCGUAAGCAUUUGGGUUGAUAGAUGGUUGCAUCUUUAUUUCCUGUGGCAGUCUUUAAUCAGCAUGCAUGGUGCUACUGUGACUUUGUAGAUAUCUGUUUUCAUGUGAUGUUCAAAUGAUUUCUUUGCUAUUUAUAAUCCUUAUAUUUAUGGGAAUAAAGGGAAGGUUUUGUAGAAGUUAUAA